AAGACUGACUAAUUACUUGUAGACUUUCGGACCCUUUUUCUCUCUCUGUCUCUCUCUCUAUCUCUUUCUAACACACACACCACACAUACAAGAACAGAUUACAGAGAGAGGAAGAGAAUGGCAAUUUGGCUGCUGCUGCUGUUCUUACAUCUGUUUUCGUCAUCAGCUGUCACUACAGCCAAGAACAUCAGACAUGGUUUCCCUUCUUCGAUAGUUCAGCCGGAGCAGCGGAUUCUUGGCAGCAAAACUGGUCAUGAGCUUUAUGAAGAAAAGUUCUUCACGCAGAUUCUUGAUCACUUCAACUACAAUCCACAGAGUUAUGAGACCUUCCAGCAAAGGUACUUGAUCAACGACAACUACUGGGGCGGCGGCGCUGACAAGAAUGCUCCAAUCUUCGUCUACACCGGCAACGAGGGCGACAUCGAAUGGUUCGCUCAAAACACUGGUUUCAUGUUUGAGACUGCUCCUAUCUUCAAAGCUCUACUCCUUUUCAUUGAGCAUAGGUAUUAUGGGAAGUCGAUGCCGUUUGGGGGGAGUAAAGAGAGAGCAUAUGCUAAUUCAUCAACACUUGGUUAUUUGAGCGCGACACAGGCGUUGGCAGACUACGCGACGCUGAUUCUUGAUCUGAAGAAGAACCUGACGGCCAUUGAUUCUCCAGUGGUGGUGUUCGGAGGUUCCUAUGGUGGAAUGCUGGCAGCAUGGUUUAGACUCAAGUAUCCGCAUGUUGCUGUGGGAGCUUUGGCGUCUUCUGCGCCCAUCCUCAAUUUCGACAACAUUACUUCCCCCUUUAGUUUCAACAAUAUCAUCACCCACGAUUUUCGGAGCGAGAGUGAGAACUGUUACAAAGUGAUCAAAAGAUCAUGGCAAGAAAUUGACGACACGGCAGCAAAACCUGGCGGUCUCGAGAUUCUCAGAAAGUCAUUCAGAAUAUGCAAGAAUUACAUUAGUGGAGAGGCUCUGAAGGGUUGGCUUGGUACAGCUUACACUUACACAGCCAUGACAGAUUAUCCUACUCCCACCAAUUUCCUGGCUCCCUUGCCUGCCUAUCCUGUCAAACAGAUGUGCAAGGCAAUAGAUGAUCCAAAGACUGGGAACAACACCUUCGAGAAACUAUAUGGUGCGGCCAACGUUUACUACAACUACACCGGCGACGCCACGUGCUUUGAUCUGGCUGACGAUUCGGACCCACACGGGCUCGGUGGGUGGACGUGGCAGGCAUGCACAGAGAUGAUUCUGCUGACAGAUGGCAACACAGAGGACAGCAUAUUCCCGCCCAAUAACUACAGUUACAAUGACCGAUUUGUGUUUUGCAAGGACAACUACAACAUCGAGCCCAGGCCCACUUGGAUCCCCACUCAAUUUGGGGCCCAUAAUAUAUACAGAGUUCUGAAGCGAUUCGGGAGCAAUAUCAUAUUCUUUAAUGGACUGAGGGAUCCGUGGAGCGGUGGAGGGGUGCUAAAAGAUAUAUCCAAAAGUUUGGUGGCUAUUGUUGCAAAAGAAGGUGCGCACCACGUGGACCUUAGAUUCUCAACGAGUGAAGAUCCAAAGUGGCUUGAAGAUGUGAGAAAUAGAGAAGUCCGGAUCAUAUCCAAGUGGCUAUCACAAUACUAUCGUACUUUGGCACAUUCUUCUGAUUAUUACAAUAACUAGUACCUAUUUCAUGUAUUCGCACAUACACACACCCACAAAUGAAAUCCUAAAGGUGAAAAUGGCUUCACAACAUUCUUAAACAUCGUCAACUUAAAAUUGUUGUAUUAAACAAUUAAGUCAAAUUACAAAUUUUGUGAUUUUUCCGUA